GAGAGAGACCUUCCUGCUCGAAUUGCUUUACCUGGACUGCAAGCGACGAAUUGGCAGCUGAGAGAGAGAGAGAGAGAGAGAGGAGAGAGAACUACCUAGUCCCUCCAAUGGCCAGCUGAGAGAGAGAGAGAGGAGAGAGAGAGAGAUUUGGUACUGAUGAGUCGGCUGCAAGUCCUGGAGAUCAUCUUCUUCAUCUCAUCACUGCAAGCGACGAAUUGUUGCCAUUUUUAGCUUUGAGAAGUACCCAGGUUAGAUUCCAAGAUCCAUUAGAUAUAUAUGCAUGGUUUCCCCCAUCAAUAAUUUCGGCCAUUUAUGGAUUUUUGAACUAGAAGUACAAAGACACCGGCUUUCUUUCUGAAUCACCUCCUGGUUUACAGAGCAGAGGAGUUCUAAAAAAUUUCUCUCAAACGCUGAUCUUGGCAAAACCUGAUUUUGGCGGCCAUAUUAUCAUGGUGGAAACCAUAGAGAAGCGGGAAAUGGAGAAAGGAGAGGACUUGGAGGAAUUCAAUGGUGAUUUGGAAGCCAUUGAGACAGGGAAGAUUCCUCCAUGGUCAACCCAUAUAACUCUCCGAGGUCUCAUAGCGAGCCUCGCCAUUGGGAUCAUGUACAGUGUGAUUGUGAUGAAGUUGAAUCUGACCACCGGUCUUGUGCCUACCUUCAAUGUCUCCGCUGCACUCCUUGCCUUCGUCUUCCUCCGUUGCUGGACUAAAGUUCUUCACAAGGCUGGUUUCACCGCAAAGCCCUUUACCAGGCAGGAGAAUACUGUGGUCCAGACUUGUGCUGUUGCUUGCUAUAGCAUAGCCGUGGGAGGAGGAUUUGGGUCUUAUCUCUUGGCUUUGAAUAAGAAGACUUAUGAACAAGCUGGAUUGGAUACAGAGGGAAAUACGCCUGGGAGUUAUAAAGAGCCUGGCAUUGGUUGGAUGAUUGGCUAUCUGUUUGCUGUUAGCUUUGUGGGGAUCUUGGCGUUGGUUCCUCUAAGAAAGAUCAUGAUUAUUGAUUACAAGCUAACCUUUCCAAGCGGUACUGCAACUGCAGUUCUAAUCAAUGGCUUCCAUACUCCUAAAGGGGAUAAAAUGGCCAAAAAGCAAGUACAAGGUUUUGCGAAAUAUUUCGCCAUCAGUUUUCUAUGGAGCUUUUUUCAGUGGUUUUUCUCAGGAGGAGAUGUGUGUGGAUUCUCGCAGUUUCCUACAUUUGGCCUUAAUGCAUGGAAACAAACAUUUUUCUUUGAUUUCAGCCUUACCUAUGUAGGAGCUGGAAUGAUUUGCUCUUACUUAGUUAACAUUUCUCUUCUGAUUGGAGCUGUUCUUUCAUGGGGACUAAUGUGGCCUCUUAUUAGUGAACUUAAAGGCAAGUGGUAUCCCUUUGACAUACCAGAAAGCAGCAUGAAGAGCUUGCAGGGUUACAAGGUUUUCAUCUCCAUCGCCCUCAUUCUUGGAGAUGGAAUCUACAAUUUUCUCAAAAUUCUUGCUUUCAUAGCAAGAAACAUGCAUGCUAGAUCAAGAAACAAAAGCAUUAAAAAAGUAGCAGAGCAUAACAAUUACCUUCUCGACGAUAUACGGCGAAAUGAGUUAUUCGUCACAGGGAAUAUUCCCAUAUGGGUAGCUUACACUGGUUAUGCAGUCUUCACCAUAGUUGCCCUCGUUGCCAUUCCCUCCAUGUUCCCAGUGGUGAAAUGGUACUAUGUAAUAACAGCCUAUCUCCUCGCACCUGCGCUCGGUUUCUGCAAUGCAUAUGGAGCGGGCCUUACUGACAUGAACAUGGCAUACAACUAUGGCAAAGUGGCUCUCUUCAUCCUUGCAUCUUUGGCAGGGAAAGACUCGGGAGUGAUAGCCGGUCUUGUAGGUUGUGGUUUGAUCAAAUCAGUCGUCUCUGUCUCUGCUGAUCUUAUGCACGAUUUCAAGACAGGCCAUCUCACCCUCACUUCACCAACAUCAAUGCUCCUCUCACAGGCAAUUGGAACGUCCAUGGGCUGCAUUAUUGCUCCUUUGACCUUCUUCCUUUUCUAUAAAGCAUUCGAUGUCGGAAAUCCGGAUGGAAGCUUCAAAGCUCCAUAUGCUCUCAUCUAUCGAAACAUGGCCAUUUUGGGUGUUCAGGGCUUCUCUGCACUUCCUCAACACUGCUUGCAGCUUUGCUAUGGUUUCUUUGGCUUUGCCGUGGCAGCUAACCUGAUGAGGGAUCUCUUCCCAACUAAGUAUGAUCCGAUGGCCAUGGCGGUUCCCUUUUUGGUUGGGGCUAGCUUUGCUAUUGAUAUGUGUGUGGGGAGUUUGAUAGUUUUUUUCUGGCAUCAGUUUAACAGCCAAAAGGCUGCACUUUUGGUGCCGGCAGUUGCUUCUGGUUUGAUCUGUGGGGACGGGCUGUGGAUUCUUCCUUCGUCGUUGCUCGCUCUCGCAAAGAUCAAUCCCCCGCUCUGCAUGAAGUUUUUUGCAACUUGAUUGAUCAGUUAAGUCAUGUAUUAGAAAGCGAUGAAUGAAAGGCUGGAGAAUUCCACCUUGACAUCUGAAAAUGCUGCAUUAGUGGAUUCAUGGCAGAUUUGAAGAUAAUAUAUACAUAUAUGUAUAAAAUCCCUAUAUAUUAUUCUAACAUCUUUGCGGAAAAGGCUUUAUUUCCUUUA